CAUCGUGAGACAUAGUGGUCCUAAAAUAUCGAUAGCUUAGGACUUAAAAAACAUCGAUACAUCGAUGUUUCUGCACCUCUGCUAGAGAACGACGAGAUGGCUUUCGGGGACUAUCCAGCUGAAUACAACCCAAAGGUGCAUGGGCCUUACGACCCUGCCCGUUUCUACGGCAAAGCCGAUGUUCCCUUCGGACAGGUGAAGCUCGGUGAGUUGGGCGCUUGGCUCGGACGCCGCAACAAGACUCCCAACGCCGUUGCCGGAGCCGUGAGCCGUGCCUGGUGGCGCUGGCAGCACAAGUAUGUGUUCCCCAAGCGCGCUGGUAUUGCUCCUUUCUUCCAGCUGACCGUCGCCAGCAUGACGUUCUUCUACUUGAUCAACUACACCAAGUUGAAGCACCACAGGAACUACAAGUACCACUAAACGUUGAUGCUGCUGCCUCAAUUUUCUCCUCUCGAUCCACACUACCCACACUGCAAGGGCAAGACGCUUGAGGCGAGAACAGGGCAAACACUUAACAAUUAAUACUUUACAUUUGGCUUUUGUGUUUCGAAAACUGCUUAAGUUAAUAAAUAACGGCUGCGAAUAUCAGUGCUGCUCCCCGAGA